AUGCCUGCAUCAUCGGAAGUGUUGGGUUUGCUGGCGGCUUCGGAGGAAAGGCAGGUUCAGGUGGAUGUGUUGCUGCCCGACUUGCACCCGGAUGUGACGGACGAGACUUGGGCGGAGCUCUCGGUUCCGGCACACCCUCUGAUUGCUCAACAUCAAUCACUGCCGACUUUGGCGGCUUUGAAGGCAUGCUUUUCACAGGAGGUGCUGGCCUUGCUUUUGCUGUUGCCCAAACUUGUGCUGAUGCCCGUGCUUUUGCUGGUGCCUCUGCUUUUGCUGGUGCCCCUGCUUUUGCUGCUCCUCUUGGUUUUGCCGGUGCUCCAGCUUUUGGUCCUGCCCCUGCCCCUGCUUUUGAUGCUGUUGCCCCGGCCUUUGUUUUUUUUGCUGGUGAUGCUUUUGAAGGAUCAUUCCAAUCUUGGGGAGGCCACGCUGGAGCUGGCACUGGUGGCCUGGCAAAAGCCGGAGUAG